AUGCCCAUAUGUGUCUCAUUUGGAUUUACCAAGGCAGGUGAUUACGUUGUGAUAGACCCUACGGAUAAGGAAUCGCAGUGCUUGUACGGCUGCUUAGUGAUUGCUUGCAAUAAACGACGUGAAGUCUGUGCUCUUCAUCAGUCGACUAAUCUUAUCCUCAACACCAGUACGCCAAAUGAGCUUGUCGCUCCUGCAGUUGAACUAAGGGAAGAACACCUUGAAGUAGGACAGCCUAGUGUCAUGCUCAACCAGAACCCUCUGACAAGAGAUAAUGGAUCUGAAUUUGAUGAGCGCACUGAAGAGAAAGUGCUAGCUGGACAAGUGGCAUCAAUAGUGGAUGGUGUAGACAAUGUAAGUAUGGAUACUGCUAGCGAACCUGGACCUUCAACCCCAUCACAAACCAAGCAGACGAUAAGCAAUAGAAAGCGUGAGCUUGAUGAAGUGGCUGAUUUGCUUGAAGAUCUCGAUGACCUUGAAGGAGAAAUAGUUGAGCUGCAACCCCAACCUUCCAAGCAGAUUCGCGAAUCUAGCAUGGAUAUUGAUCUUCUAAAGGCGAGGAAAAAGACUUAG